AUGUUUGGACGACCUAGGUCGAGUAUCUCUGCCAUCUCUACUACUGGCAAUAUCGUUAUGCAGGCAUCAUGGCCAGGAUGGAAGACGAGCAUGCCAAAGCAUGGCAAGCCCGCUGUGUUUGGGAUUGAAGAGCUCGGGAAUAGGUUGAAAGGCACCGAGGAUGCGAUUGACAAGUAUUUUCGGGCAAUGAAAAAAAAUAUCGACGCGUUGAAAAAUUGGAGGAAGCAAAAGAAGAGAGCAGCAUGGGCACGCGAGCAAAUCGCGGCGAUUGCGACGGAACAGGAAAAGAAAGCGGCCGACGAGAGGGCUGCUGUUGCUGCCACUGCUGCUAGUCCCCCCGACGACAAGAGAAAAGAAAACGGCAAACGGAAGCGGAGUGGAGAAGAUGACGAGGCUCGGUCGGUAUCCAAAAAGACAAGGAAGAGCGCCGAGGAGCAGAAUCGAGGUUUGGUAACGGCAGAGAAGCAGGAGCAAGACGAGAGUGGCGCGACACGGCGUAGCGCGCGGCUGGUUUCAGGGAAGACGGGAAAAGCAGCUUCAAGGUCCUAG